UGGGUCAUAAAGGAUUCGAAGAAGUAGAGGAGAAGGACGCGUAAGAAAUACUCUGCAAUAGGGUUAAACGACGUUGUUGAUAUUGCUAAAAGUGGCCGGUCGUAAAACGUAAAGCGUGUGCGGUAAUAAUCACAUGGACUAUGAUAAAAAGUGCGCGACGGUGCAGUGAUUGGGACCUUGCACAACAGCAAUGAGUUCCAAAUUUAUCAUCGAUAGCAUGCUGCCUAAGUACCAUCAACAAUUCCAUCAUCAACAGCUAUUUCAAAGUCCUGCCAGUACAUCAUCAAUUGAAGCCAGUCUAGCUUCCGUCGUAAACUACAGUUCCUCCGGAUCCCCAAGUGGUUCUUCUCCUCAACACUCUAACAGCAGCGCAUCAUCCACCUCUCCCGCCUCAAGAAUGUAUCCUUAUGUAUCGGCGGCUACUGCGGCCGCCCAUCAUCAUCACCAGCAGCAAGCCGUGGCAGCAGCAGCCUUCGGAGCGGCAGCUGCUUCGGGAAGUAUGGUUCCAGGAGGAUUUCCGACGAGCGCAAGCACGGCGGCACUCGCCGCCGCGGCUGCCGUCGAUGCCGCCACCGACAAGUCAUGCAGAUACACCGCUGGUCUUGCUGGUAACGUAGCCCCCACUGAUUCUAUGGUAAAUUACACGUUAGGGCACCACCACCAAAAUGGUGCAGCCGUUUCUGCGGCAAGUUCUGUAAGUGCCGCCUCAGCUUCUAUGGCGGUGGCGGCACAAUUUUAUCAUCAAGCCGCCAGUGCUGUUGUAGAUCCUCUGAAUUCCUGUUCGCAACCCACCGCUCCCGGCGGACAACCGAUUCCUGAUAUACCCAGAUAUCCCUGGAUGUCAAUCACAGACUGGAUGAGUCCUUUUGACCGGGUCGUCUGUGGUGAGUACAAUGGUCCGAAUGGUUGUCCGAGGCGACGAGGCAGGCAAACAUAUACUCGUUUCCAGACAUUGGAGCUCGAAAAAGAAUUUCACUUUAAUCACUAUCUGACACGAAGGAGACGUAUUGAAAUAGCACACGCCCUUUGUCUCACAGAGAGGCAGAUUAAAAUCUGGUUUCAAAACCGACGGAUGAAACUGAAAAAAGAACUACGGGCAGUUAAAGAAAUUAACGAACAAGCCCGGCGGGAGAGGGAGGAACAGGAGAGGCAUAAACAACAGCAACAAGAAAAGCAGCAAAAAAUCGAACAGCAAACGCACUCUUCACUGCACCAGCAUCAUCACGACCCUAUGAAAAUGAGUUUAGAAAAAACCGGUGGAUCUGAUUUACUGAAAGCAGUAUCGAAGGUUCCAACAUAAAAAAAAUGAUCGUGACUACAUUUUGGACUUUGUGCUACAAACAAGACAAGUGAAGUGUAGUAAAAUCGGUAUUAUGCGUAAAUAAUUUUUAUAAAGACUUCCAUGAAGCGUUUUAUGAAGUUAUGUUUUUAUAAGCUUCGUUGUGUUUAAUUCGUUGUACAUAGUAGUAGUGUGUUCACGUUAAUAUUUUUUAUACUUAAAAUUAAUUUUAUAGUACUUUUUUAAGUUAUGUUAUUAUUAUUAUUGAUCAGUUUUCUGAUCUAAACUCAUUCGCGUUAUUUUACGUACCAUUGUUGUGAUUAAUAAUUAAUUAAGUUUUAAAUCCGCAUUUUAAAAUGCAACUAUUUUUGAUUAAAUUGUUUCCCAGUGGUUUAUUUUAAAUAAAUGGUGACUGAUAUCUAGUUGGGGUAACGUGAAAUUAUUAUUAAUUGAUAGAUAAAGAAAUAUAUUUCUUGUAAAACUAAGCAAAUAAAUUUAUGAGCAAUGUAACUAGCAAGUCGUGGGCAUUGUCAGAUGGUAGAACAUUAUUUACGUCAUUAAUUUAUUGAUAUUUUUCUGAAAGUGCAAUGUUAUUCAUAUACGUACUAUUACUGGGCAGUUUUAAUUACCUCAAAGUGAUAGCAGUUAACCAUGUUUGUUAUUUGUUACGUUUUCUUUAGUUUUUAACCUUGUGCCAAGCUUUUCAAGCAAUCCGCCAUAUGAUGACAAAAUAUUGAAUAUAUUUUUUCAUAGAAUUUAACUAAUUCCAAACAGUAAAAAUUGCCGAGUAAAUUUACUCUUAGUACUCUUAUACGUAAUUUGGUGUCAGGGUAGAAGAAACCUAAAAUAACAUUUUAGUAACCUAAACAAAAUUAACUCUUUAGUCAUAAUAUGCGUAUAAAAACUCUUCUUAAUAAUAAAAUAGCUCUUGUCGUAUAACUCCCUUCGUCUAUCUCGUGUAAAAUAUUUUCUUAGAUUAUUGAUGUUGUUUUGUGAAUACUAUGUAAUAGUUUGUUGGGGCUACAAAGCCUUAUCCACAAUUAGAUACGUAAAAUUGUACAAUAUUUUCAAAAAAUACACAAAUUGUAAAUUUAAUAAUGAAAUGUACAUUUUUGUUUAAUAUGUAAAAAUAUACACGUAUACGCGAAUUUUGUUGGUUUUUCUUGAAGCUGAGUUGUUGCAUCCUUACGCAUUGGUUUACGAACAACGCCAGUUUGGGUUUCAAGUUUAAUGAUAGUAAAAUCACUUUAUUAGCUGGUUUCCUCCAUAAGAUUAACCAUAACUAUCUUAACUAUCUUACACGUAAACAUAGCUUUUAAAGUGUCUUUAUCGUUAUUAAGGUGGAUUGUUAUAGGGUGAGUAACUUAAUAAUUAAAAUUCUUUGGUAUAGUGAAGAUGUAAAAAUGAUUUGGCUAAAAAUGAUAAUUUUUAACGGUUCAUGAUAUUGUACAAAGCAAACUUUUGUAAAUAUUUAAAUAGCGCUACGUAGGCGUAUUAUUAUUAAUUCUUUUAAUAUUCAAGCAACUUGGACUGAUUAAUGCUUUAAAGAAAAAGGCUUAAUAUUACCUGUAGAUUAAAAAUAGAAAGAAACCAGUAUAAUGUAGUACAAUUACCUUUAACUUGCCAAGAAGAUAUUCAUAAUUUAUAUCUAUAUUUUGUGGUACUAUAGACACAUUACUUUUUACUCAAAAUAUCAUCCGGCCUCCCCAAUUCUGUAUGAAUGUAUUUGUUUGAAUGUGUUCAGCGAUAUUUUACAAUGUUUAAUAAAAUUACCGUCUAUACAAGUAUUAAAAAAAUAUAUUUUAAUCAAAUAAAAGAAUUGGUUUCAUGUGUUUUUUAAACGCAUUAUUAAAUUUUGUAAAAUAGUAGCUUUUCUUAGCCUGUGAUAGAAACUACACAUCUUUGAAAAACCACAUUUAUUCUGGUCACUUUUAAUACUCUGAAAAAUUUCUGGAUGUACCAUUAAGUUUACAUUGAUUUAUCCAUUAUAAAUAUUGUUACAAACUGUAACGCGAAUUUAAGUGCAAUAUCAUAUCAUAUAACUUCUCGUUGUUUUCGAUAAAGUUUGUUGAUUAUUAUUUAUUAUUAGAAUAGUUUAAACAUGAGUGCAAUCUUCAGUCGUUUAAAAAAUAAACGAUACAGAGCAUAAUUUGGUACAACUUCGUUAAGUUUUUGUUUGCAAAUUAUUAUAAAUUCAAUGUAAACUUAAUACAAGGGUGGUUUGAUUAGUGCAAGUUUGUGUUUGGAAGUUUUUUGCAUUUGAUUACCCACACUCCUGUAAAUCUUAAUCAGAUCACUAGAUUCACCGGAAUAAUUUAUAAAAAUUAUUAGAUCAUAUCAUUUUAACACAGUGCGAUUGUAAUUAAUAUAGAAAGUCUGUAUGAUUGUACUUUACCGUAAUUUAUAAAAUGUUUAUAUUAUCGUAAGUAGUGUAAGUGUACAUGUUUCGUAUUUGUAUGAUGUAUAACUUACUUCAUACGCUCUCAAAGCCGAAUUAUUCUGAAUGUACUAUAAACAGUUGAACGGUAGCACUAUAUGUAUAUAUAGUUCUACUUUUGCUUUGAUGCCAUGUUUCUUAUAUAACUGUAUAACCUAAUAAUAUGUAUUGUACAGAUUGU